AUGGCGUCAACGGUCAUUGUUGGCGCCGGCAUUGUCGGCAUCACGACAGCCUACUUUCUCAGCGAGCACCAGCCGGCCGAUACGAUCCACCUGGUGGAAUCAUCGGCUUUUCUAGCCUCGGCCUCAGGCUAUGCCGGUGGCUUUCUGGCGCGAGACUGGUUCGACCCCAAGGUGUCGGAGCUAGCUGCGCUCUCGUUUGACCAGCACGACCGCCUGGCUGCACAGUACGACGGCCACAGCCACUGGGGCUAUGUGGCCUCGACGUCUCUGGACUACGAGUUGUCCCCAAGUGCUGCCGGGGCGCAAAGCAGAAACACCGGUCCUGAUCUGAUGGGUCAAGUCACCGGUCGGCCAGACGAGGCUGCCAGCUUUACGGGAGGCUUCCCGGCCUGGAUCUGCCGUCGGGACGGCGACGCUGUCAAGCCGCGUGGCAGCAGUGGCACGACAGCCCAGGUUGACCCGCUUGCAUUUUCAAACUUCUUUCUGAACGUCUGUCGAGAGCGCGGCGUGAAUCUGCACCAGCCAGCCCGCGUCGUCACUGUGGGGACGAACGAGGACGGCGAGCUGGACAGCGUCGACCUCCAGUCGACAGGAGGAAGAGAGGGUGCGACUUUGACGACGACGCUGCCCUGCACGCGUCUCAUCAUCGCGGCUGGCGCCUGGUCUGGUCGCGUCUUUGACGAGCUUUUUGGCGGCGGCGCUAGAAGUCCGUCUUGCGGCAUCCCCACCAGCAGCGUUUCUGGUCACUCGCUGCUGCUCCGGCCGUCUUCCCCUCCUUCUGUGGACGUGUACGCAGUCUUUGCCACGGGCGGCUCGCUUGACUUCCACGCGGUCCUCUUCGGCCGUGCCGACGGCUCCGUCUACGUGGCCGGGCUGAACUCGACGGCCGAUCCGGUUUCGGCCCUCUCGACAGACUCGGUGCCGUUCCCCAAUCGGCUAGACCACCUGCUACAAUGCAGCAAGGCGAUUUUGGGUGUGGCUGCCGAGGACAACGUCCCCAUUGUCCGCUCGGGACUGUGCCAUCGCCCAGUGACGCCGGCAAAGUACGAUGCGGACCCAGUGCGGCUGGCUAGUGGGGCAAGAUCGCGGCCGGUCUUCUCGCAGCCCGGCUGCUUGGGGAUCAGGCCGAGGCUGCAGAUGUGGUGGUGCGCAGAUGUGGUGUUGAGCAAAAGGGUAUCUGGGCCACCUGUGAACGGUUGCCUCUGUCGGACUUACCAACCGAAAGACAGACAGGACGAAAAGCAAAAAAAAAAAAAACAAAAAAAAAAAAACAAGGCGACCGAGAUCCACGCGGUCCUGACGCCAUGCUGGCCACCGCAGCGGUCGCAGCGGCCGUAUCGACUGUUUGCAGGACGUCGAGAGGUCGUAUCGCAUCUGCAGCUGCAAGGUAAAAAGUACGGAGUGCUCAAAGUGGGUACUCGAUUCCACGUGACUCGACGUUGGAAGCCCACAUGCCAGCCAAUCACAGCGCACACAUUGCCGCCGGAAUGCCCCCCUGUCGACAGGCCCCAGGGCAGGGAAGCUCAGACCCACCAGACGUCCGGCCAGUGGGCCAAUGAGAAGCCGGCUACAGGGGAGCGCACAGAGGGUCUGGCUACUGGUGUGGGUGCCUGCUCCGAUAUUCUGCCUUUCAUCGUCCCGCGCACCUCUCGCCGGGAAGAGGGUGUGCACGCAGGUACUCUGUACAGGGGAUGCACAGCAACUGCCCUCCGAGGCUUGGCUCUCUCUUCUGCCGUCUUCCAGGAUGUCUCACAAGGUGCAGAAACGGCUCGAUACAACGCAAGCGAUGCAUUCGAGUGCGUUCACACAACAAACAUGCAUCUCAUCACUGCAGACAGAGUCACGCUUGCUGCCAAUUUGCCUAUCGCGGUGUGA